CGUUGGGCAUUAAUUAUUAAUUAUGUGGAUAAAAGGAGGGGCAGGCUGAGGCAGGUGAGAUUGUGAAGCCCCAAAACUAACCUAACACUUCUGAGAAUGUCUCGUCGUCACUCCGAUUCGAAGCGACGGCAUUCUAGAUUCGAUACACAUCCAAGCCCCAAGAGAUAUAGAAGGGAUGAGAGAGAGAGAGUGACUAAUGGAGAACAUGAACAUGAACAUGAACAUCAACAUCAACCCCCUUUGCCUAAGCAACAAUCUACCUCUCUUCACAGCAAACCAAAUGAUCGGCAUGAGUCACCCAAACAUGCACUACAACAUGAUGAACGAGAUAGCUCUGGGCAGGUUGGCCGAAGCUCUGGUCAAAGGAAAGCUGGCGAGCGUGGAUGGUGGAAGGACUCAAGGAAUCAUCUUAAUGAAAGGACACAGACUAGUCAUGGUAGAGAGGAGAGAGAUGAGAGAUCACAAGCUAAACUGGAUGAUAAUACUUUCCAGAGAAGAGAUGGGUUUUCCGAAAGAAAAGAUGAACCACCUCCUACCUCAAGGAAAAGACCUGCAUUUAGGGAGAAGAAGAUUCCAGCGGAUUCAGGAGAUGCUAAUCUGGCUGCAGUAGUGGAAGUAAAGUCAAGCCAGAUAGAAAGGAAUGACAGGAAGGAGGAAAGGGGUAGCAAUCUGCACCGUUUGGAUAGACCUGAGAAGCGUUUUGCAGAUGACAGAGCACCUAACAAGGGUGAAGCUAGGAGAGAUGGGUUUCCAUCAAGAGGAAGGUAUGGGGGCAAUGACAGUUACAAGGGAAGAGAUAAAUUUAAUGGAAGACAAGGUUAUCGUCCAGGUUACAUUCGAACUGAGAAGUGGAAGCAUGAUUUGUACCAAGAGGUAAAUAAGGAUCCUAUUCCACAGAAUGAGGAUGACCAGAUUGCAAAGCUGGAAGCACUCUUGGCUUCAUAAUAAUAGCAAACAGCUGUCAAUAUUCCUGGGAUUUUAAAUGUUGUUUUGUACAUCAUCCAUAUCAACUUGCAGAUUAUGGGACAAUUUCCAUAGAAGGUUUACGUAAUUUAAACAUGUGUUGCUCUAAGUUGCUGAAUGCCUCUUACAAUAUCAAGUUAUCACCAUCUUCAACUACCAGGGAAGUUGAGGCUUUAAUCCCCAGUUACUGAGCCUUGACUUCAUUGGUGCGCAGAGCAAUUUGCAAUUUAAAUGCUUGUGUUUUCCUAAACUAUCAAAGCCUUUUUGCAUGGUUUAGACAA